UUCAAAUACCAGGAACAAGUCAGCCGGCACAAAGCGAAGCUUUGGGGGGCAGAAAACUCUCACCCCCGUCGGCGUGCGCGCACACACACGCACGUGAAAGCCCAAAAUCCGCCGGCAUGGGGAAGGAGGAGAAGAAAACCCAGCACAGCACGUCCCCAAAUACCCAGAGCCAGACAGGGAAGGCACCCGGAGGGGAGAAAAGCACCGGCUCGACGCAGGAGUCCGCGAUGAAGAAGAAGCAGAAGAAAGCCAAGGGGGAUCCCAAAACGGGCCAGGAGGAGGAAUCCCACACUUGUUGUGGCUGCCGUUUCCCGCUGCUGCUGGCGUUGCUGCAGCUGGCCUUAGGCACCUCUGUAACAGUGCUGGGCUUCCUUAUGGCAGGCAUCAGUUCCUCUCUGCUAGUCAGAGACACUCCAUAUUGGGCUGGGAUAAUUGUCUGUGUGGUGGCCUUAGUGGGAUUUGUUAUGCUUUGUAUUUCGUACCAACCCGAUGAGAAGACAUGUGUGCAGUUCACAGUGAAGCUGCUGUAUUUUCUCCUGAGUGCCCUGGCUCUGGUUGCCUGUGUUUUGGCAGUGGCUUUUGCUGCACACCACUACUUGCAGCUGACCAAGUUCACCUGCGAUGCCAUCCGGGAGUCCUGCCAGUGCAAACUGGACACUGCAGACCCCCUGGGCCGGACCUUCGUGUACCAGGACGCGGCCGACUGUGGCAGCUUGACCAGCAUGCUCAGCCUGUACCUCCUUCUGCAGAUGGCUCUCAACCUGGUGGCAGCCCUGGUGUGCCUCCUGACGUGCUUCGUGGUGUGGAAGCACAGAUACCAGGUUUUCUAUGUGGGUGUUCGCUUCCAGCCUCUUGUGGCUGCUGAAGGCCACAGGCAGCAAGUGUAGGGUCUGGGCUGGCAGGGGGUUGUGGCCAGAGAUGGGAACUGCCACUGCAGACACCACAGAGGGAUGGACGCUUGGAAGGUUUCUGAAGAGGAAAAACGCUCACACGGCUUUAAUGAACAUAUUUUUCCAUCAUUUUAGGAGCAUUUUUCAUGGCUGCUCUUGUGAGAUUAGCUAGAGGUCACAGAGUCCUAAAGAUGCAGCUGUACAAAUGCUCCCCAAAGAGGAUCUUUAAUAGCCAUAGAUAAAAUCAUUGGGAACUCAUCUGCAGGGCUACAGCCAUUACAAAAUAGGGUCCAUUUCCCUCUUGCCUUCAGAGAAGCUAUGCCAAUUUCUACCAGAUAAGGAUCUGAUCCAAACUGCUUAAUUAUAUCAGUGGGAACAUGCUUUGGGAAUAUAUCAUAUCUUGGUGCUCUGGGUGUAAUCCACACUAACCUGAUGGGAAUUUAACAUUCAGGAAAGUAAUGAGGGAGGUCAAGUCUUCUUCCAGUGUAGGUUGAGACCAACACCAAAGUGAAUAUAUUGAUGGCUGCCAUAUAAAAUAUACAUAUAACUUUUCAGAGUGAUUAAUGAUAUGGGCUACCUAACCUAAUUACCAAUAAACAACAAGUAUGAUUGA